AUGUCUAGAAGUCUCCGGGUUGCAGUAUUGGGGCCGAAGGGACAAUGUGGAUCAUGCGUUGUGGAUGAGCUUCUUUCUAGAGGCCAUUCCGUGGUCGGGAUUUCCCGUACGCCCCCUCAGACGUGGGCAAAGUCUGGAAAGUACGAGGGAAUUCCGUGUGACUUCAACGACAUCAGAGGCCUCAGUGACAUUUUAUCUAAUGGGAACUUCGACACUGUGAUAUCCGCCUUUGCUCCCCCUCUGGUGGAUCUGAAGUCCGUAUACAAUGUGGGUGUUGAGGGCCAUGGCAAUAUCAAAAUGGCAAUCCUGAGAUCAACCUUUCGCGGGAGUUUCAUUAUCAUUGGCGGCGCCGGUUCACUGUAUUACAAGCAUGGCGUCCAAUUGUGUGACGAUGAGGACUUCUGUUUCAAGCACUGGUACGCAUGGCCAGAUGUCCACCUAGAUUACAUGUCAACUCGCAUGUUUGAUCAUGGUCAACGAUCAUUUGGUACAUUUAUCCGUCUAUUUAAAUGGGCAAGAGGGAACCGCGAGAAUCCUGGCUGGUUUUCGUGGCUUUUCAGGCCUUUCGCCAACUGGUUCUUGGGACUCGCGAAAAAGAAUUUGACGAGGCCAGAUACAGUCGGCCUUAUUUUAUGCUCUCGGGCGGCUCUGACCAUGUGGGAAGGGGUCCAGGAGAUGAACUGGAGCUUUUUGUCACCCCCGUGGCAACUGCGUGAUAAAGGAAUUCGCACUGGAAAGUACGAGUUCCAUGUGGAUGAUUCGGCCGGUUCUGCUGUGCAGGGUAUUGACAAGGGAAUUUACAACGAGGACAUGGCGGUGGCUAUCGUGGAUGAAGUUGAGAACAAAAGACUGAUCCAUAAGCAUUGGACAUGUACCGGGCCUAUUGGCUUGAAGGAGUGGUAG